UAUUCCCCGCUUUCCAGCAUCAUUAUUUCGAUGGACUAACUCUUCGAGCAUUUAUAUAUACUCCAGGCACUGGCGCAGGUUCGCCCGUGACAUAGAUCACUAUGACAGACAUCACGAAGAAUAUGUGUGCGAACAUGUACAUGGACAUAAUCGAUAAGUUACAAUUUAUACAAUUCCGGAGUACACUGAAGACCAGCAGCAGCCUGUUCCACAGCAGAAUGACGCCUGAUGCGCAACCAUAUGAUUUCAGCUUUCCCAGAUCAGGGUCCAGAUCUAUGGACAUCAGCUCCGAUAUAUCAGCAGCCCCUUCAGCAGUCCCUGCAGCACCCACGCCUUUCAGUAUCGACACAAGCGUCAUCGCUUUCAGACUCGAGAAUGUCGAGUGGUAGUGAUAUCUCGGGCUGGCAGCGCUCCUCGGUGGCCUCGACAAACUCUUCGUGGUCAAAUUCGUCCAAACAAGCGUACUACCAACGCAGGUCCAGUCUCGCCAGUAUUUCUUCCAUAAAUGAAAAAUGCUCCAUGUCAUUAUCGUAUGCUGCCAGUCCUGCUGAGGAAGCUGCAUCUCCUCUGUCACAAAGGUCAAAGCGAAAGCCCAAACAGCGGCAGGGAGGCUCAGAUAAAGACCCUUUCGCAACGUGCGUCUCACGAGCUCGCCAGAGUCGACGAUCUCCGAGAGAUCCAAGUUAUUGGUGCACCUCUUGCGAGGAGCCUUUCGUCGAGAAGUACGAUUGGAAGCGGCAUGAGGAAACAUAUCAGGAGCGUCGCUUCGUCUUCCAAUGCAACCUUUGUACCGCCAUCUACUUCCUUGAGAAGGACUUCCUUCACCAUCACGAGACCCGGCAUCACUGCGAAACAUGCCAUCGAGAUGGGCAUUUGAACGCAGCGAAGCAGGACCGUCAGAUCCGUACUGGGUGGGGAUGCGGUUUUUGCACACAUUUCAGUAACAAUUGGAGGGACCGGUGCAAUCAUAUUGCACAGCAUUUCGAGAAGGAUGGCAAGACCACGAAAGACUGGCACCAAACCGACGUCAUUCUGUCCCUUCUUCAGCGACCGGCUAUCCGCGCAGAAUGGCUCGUGAUCCUGCAGUCGCAGCUACAGCUGAGGGCUGAUUUUGGGUGGAACCAGCACAACACGGGAUGUGUGGAGGGAUAUCCAGAGAAUGGCAAAACACCCCACCUGCAAGAUCAACUCGAGUAUUUCAGCUCUAGUGAUGAUGCAGCUGCGCUGGCGCAGCUCGCUUUUUCGAAGAUUGCAUUUCCUCCUCACCCGCCUCAGGCGCCUCGCAAAGACUACAAAGACCACCACACAGUGUCUCUGCAGUCAUUGAUGGACCAAGCAGAAUCAUGGCAAGAUCUCAUGAACACGAUUCCGGAUGACCCCCUCCUACCCGAGAACGUUUGCAAUUUCGACUUCGAUUUCAGCAUAGCAGAUAUUACAUACGACGACGAUGCAGAAUUCAUUUAAGUUACUAGGUUCUUGCGUCGCGGUAAAACUGGCCUUAACACAGACUACAUUGUAUUCACCAAUUAUUUUGUCUCGUC